UUGACCCUAUACACCACGAUAUAUGAAUAUAUAAAGCGACAAAGGUACGAAAAACGGGCGAUUGACAGAAAGGGAUGUGAUUUUACACAGACUUGACUGAAAAUGGAACUGAAGCAUUCAUCAGCAUAGUGUAGGAUUGCGCCCAGUUGUGCCUCGCGAAAGGAGUUGCGCAGGGCGAGUCGGGCGUUUUUUUCCUCGCUAAAAGAGCUGGAUGUAGAAAUCGGGACUGCCAGUGUCUCCGAUGGUACCAAAAGCAGUGAGCUGAGGCUAAAUUAGACAUAUCUUUAGAUAUAAGCUACAAGCCCUAGCAACAAUGAAAAAUAAAGGGCUGGAUACUCCCCUGGCCAAUGAUGACAGUCCGGGGAUCGGCGUCGGACUGGAAAUCCGAGGUUUUGAAAUCGUCAACAAUGACCCCAAAGCUAAAAGCCCACCUGACAAAGACAAAGCUUUAACCGCAGUAAAAGGCGCCGGACUCGUGGUACCGGAUCAAAAAACGUGUGGAACGAACUGGGCCUUGACGGCCGAGCGUGUUGGCGAUGACAUCGAGACCCUGACCUUCCAGUGGGUCAUUGAUGGAAAGCGCACAAAGCUGAAGGAUGGCGGGGACACCCAAGAUGCAGACAGUUUAGUUUUACCUGAAAUCUGGAAAGAGAUCCAAAAAUCACUUGAGGACUGGGCGCCGAAUGAAAACACUCAAGUCGAGAUCAAAGGCGCCGAAGAGUAUGGCAAAUGGACAACCUCAAAACCCAAGGUGUUCAACACGCUUCUCUUGAACCCCGGUGUCCAGAUUACAGCUCCCCUGCCCUUAUCGGGAAUCCAGGAUCUGAUCUCCACUGCAAAGAAAGGAGGCAAAAGCGCAUUAUUGCCAACAACCAUAAGCAAGCUUGACAGGUUUGUCCUGAUCGAGAAGAAAGAUCUGAAGGAUUGGUACAAGCCGAAACGGAUUGACGACGAUUUGCUGGGGUUCUACUCGUUGCUCCUGUCAUACGUUAAAGUAGCGAGCGAGGCGAGCGCUGCUGACAUUGGGGGCCCCAAACAAGCGCUUCCGAUCAUGCCGAAAACGUCUUUCGUCACAAUGUACAAGAUUUGGGCAGACAGGAUGGAAAAGAAUAAACAAUCGAAGAGGAAGAGAGGCAAGGAAAAUACUCGUCUCUACACGAUUGUGAAAGCUCUGGCCGAAAAGAAGAACAUUCAAAAUUUCGACCGCGCCACUUUUCAUUGGCCUAAGGACGCGAAGUCAAUACAGUACAACGCAGUACAACCGGGUGGCGAUUGCGAGCCUCCGAGCAACAGGAUGACGCUUAACGUCGCAGAAGUCAAUGUAGACUGGCCGACUAAACAGAAUGAUCUCGCAGCGAAAACACUUUCCGUGAAUACUUGGAUCAACUAUCUCGACGAUGAAACGCGCCCCAACGACCUCUUUGCCACGAUGGACAAAGCAGUUUACGACGGACAGAUUGGAGCGCUCGGAACCAGAUCGGAGCGAAAUUUUUAUCUGGAAAAGGAGCUACAUCCGCUUUUUACGUUCCGAAAUCUUGCAGGAGAGAGUUACGCAAGAUGUAUCGGUCUCUCAAGCUCAAGAAAAAACGUACAAAUAAAUCAUGCCGCAAGCCUGCAGACGACGAGCAAUGCACUGGAAAGCAAGCCAAGGACGAGUCAGGCAAAUGCAAAGACUGCCCUAAAGGCACCGAGUCUGACACCAACAAUGAGACAUGCGAGCGCGUCUCAUCUAAAAAAAAAUAAAGGCAAAUGUGGGGCCGACCAAGUCCUCGAUGCGGCCGAGGGUGGACAGAACAACGACACCCCGAAUCCCGUAUGCAAGCCAGACGACGACAAGAAGUGUCCAGCCGGUAAAAACGCAGCGACUCGUCCUCCGAAGAAACGAAACGACAAGAAUUACAAAGCCGAGUGUGCAACCGAUGAAAAGUCCGAUUUUGAGUGCAAAGACAAAGAUACGUAUGAUCACCGGGUGGUGAAGGAUGGCAAAAUCGAACACAGCUGUCGAGCAACGCGUGACAAGAAGAAAAAACAGAAAGAGAAAGCCACCAAGCGCUCUAAAGAAGCGAAAGAUCCAAAGAAGAAAACCGGCGACAAAAUGGACAAGGACAAGAAAGAGCGUGAAAAGAAUACGAGAGACAAGAACCGGCGCACUCGAUCUGGAUUCUGCUUUGCGCUUCUUGGCGGGACCGGCGCAUGGGGAGACAAGGAACUCGAGGACCUAAGCGCCGACGAGAUCGAUGGACUCGUAGAUACGUGGCCUGAUGAUAUGCAAGAUUCACCUGGGUUCAUUCCGGAUUGGGUAGUGAAGAUUGAGCCACACCAAAAAACCCAUUUUGAGGCUGUUGGUGGAGAUAUGAUGAUGGCGGGUGCAUUCCCCCCCUUACUCAGUGUUGUGAGCUCCAUCGUCAAGAUGUCUACUGGCUUCGCAAGGGUCGGUGGGCUUACGGCCACUAGAGUAUACAGAACGAUCAGAACAGGAGCUCGAGGUCCAGCAAAGGCUGUAGCCAAACAGGCAGCAAAGUCAUCUAACACGGUUGGAAAAAUCCUGAAGGACAAGCGAUUUCUUGACUGCCUUUCUGUCGUAGCUUCUACAGCGGGCUCGCUUUCCAGUCGGGACGAGAACAGCAAGAACACGGUUAUUGCCGACGUUGGCGAUAACGACGUCUCAAUCGACUGGUCUCGAAAGGACCCUGGCAUUAAAAUUCAACCUGAGGACGAUAAACAAAUCGUGGUUAAACUCAUGACCGAAGCGAAGAACUUUUUCACGAACAACCAGGACCCUCAACCUUGGGCGGUCACCUAUCCUGAUGCAAUUAUUAGACCCGGCCGUUUGUACUACGAGCAAUGCACGAAUCUUCCAGAUGAUUAUAAGAACCAAGUUAGUGCGAUAGCAGUCGAGGGUGGAUGCUGUAUAGCCUACGCCGACAGCGAUUGCAAGCCAGAGUCGUGGAUGUUCGGUAUGGAAAAUCGAGAAGUUCUGAAGCUCAAGGGUCACCAUAAUGACAACAUUGAGUCGUUUUGGUGCACUUUCUGGAGUGGAUUGGAUGGCGAUGAACUAUGUCAGGGAGCACCGAGGACUGGUAAUGGAGUGGCUGUAUAG